UUUUAUCAGAACCAGAGCUGGGGCCACAGGGGAGAAGAGAGGCAGAGAGACAGAGAUACAACAGAGAUACAGAGAGACAGAGAUACAGAGAUACAGAGAGACAGAGGCAAGAUUCAGUGUGAAGCAGCCAGUAAUUAUCUUCCCGUGUCUGGACCAAUCAGAAGCCUCAGCCCAUUUACAUUCUCAGUGUAUUCCCAGGAAGAGAGAGAGGUAGAGGCAGAGGCAGAGAGAAGCAACGGAAGUGUUUUUAGCUGAAGCGACACACAGCUCUUCCUUUCUCACAUUUGCUCAGACGGUGGCGGCUUGACAACACAUGGACAAGAUGAACCACAGCUCGGCCGAGGCAGAGGCUGAGACCAUAGAACCCCUGCGUUACCUCAGCAAAGAGGAGGCGGCAGCUAUCGAGACAGAGCUGGUGAGGGACUACAGGUUCGGACAACAGCAGCUGAUCGAGAUCUGGGGACAAGCGUGCGCCAUCGCCAUCACCAAGGCCUACCCUCUCAGCUCUCUAGCGAAGAAGCAGCCAACAGUGCUGGUGAUCUGUGGUCCCGAUCAGAACGGCUCCAUUGGGCUGGUGUGCGCCCGACACCUGCGCAUAUUUGAGUAUGAGCCCACCAUCUACCACCCCAAACGCUCCUCUCACAGUCUACACCAGGAUUUCACGGUUCAGUGUGAAAAGAUGGACAUCCCGUCCCUCUCCUACCUCCCACAGAGGUCGCUCAUAAACGAUGCCUACAACCUAGUGAUCGAUGCCAUGCUGGGCCCGGAGUCAGACUGGUCCAACAUUAAGGAGCCCUACUCUGGUAUUCUGGUCACCCUGAAGCAAGUGAAGAUCCCCAUUGCCAGUGUGGAUGUGCCUUCAGGUUGGGAUAUAGAAGAACCGAGUCAGGACGGGAUUAACCCGGACGUUCUCAUCUCGCUUACAGCACCAAAGAAGUGUGCCAUGAAUUUCACGGGGAAGCAUUUCUUGGCCGGACGCUUCCUGCCCUAUGACAUCCAGAAAAAAUACGAGCUAAACCUCCCAGUCUACCCCGGCACAGACUGUCUCAUAGAGUUGUAACACAUGGGAUCCAGUGGGGCCCAAAGCUGAAACAAAAAAAAAAGAUAAAAGUACAGUUAAUCAAUUCUCUUGUUUUGUAUUUUAUAGAUUAAUGUUGCCAUCUCAGUUGUGUGAAACGGGCUACAUGUGCUGUCGAGCUGCAGUAGAGGGAUACUAUUUAGAACCUGUGGUUUGAGUCAUGUGUUUUUAGGGGAAUGGCACGAGGAGUUUUUGAGUGAACUUGUAAAAGCUGUAGCAUUAGACUGUUUUAUGAUUACUUUGCAAAAGACAGACACAGUCUCCGCAAGCAAAGAUUAUUUUUUUUAUGACGCCAAGAAAUGGAACUUUAUUUUCAGCACUUUCUUUUUGACUUUUCAUGUUCUGUUGCUUUUUCUGUUCCUACAUGAAACUUUCUACUAAAACGUGCUGCUGAGCGGAGUGGGCGUAGGUCGCAGAAUCCAAAUGUUCUGUUCACGUGUUAUUGUUUUGAUUGGUCCACCUGCACAUUACUAUUGUUUCAGUUACUUCAAUUGCUGGUACAAAAGGUCCAGUUCUCGUUGUCCAAUAAAAA